UUAUCCACGAUUUACACGCAGGGCAGUGAUGCAAGCAAGCCCGCUGGAAAAUAAAGGGAUUCUUGUGUGGCCGCCUUUUGGAUAAAAAGGGCCCCUGUCUCUCUUCGCCCACUAUGCGGAGGCCAAACGACACCGACGUUGCCCGUAUAGGUCGCGUAUAACGGGUAUUUUAUGGAAGGUGGGACGAGGGAGAGGUUGUGAGGCUGGGGAGUCGGGACAUUGGCUGAGCUGAGGAGAGGAGCGUUAGCAAGCUAGCUGUGGUGACAGGAACACUUGUAACGGAACAGUGAGUACAGCGACCCGUUGGCUCGGUCAUCAUGGCUACGAACGGUAACAACUUAACGCCUGGGAUGGGAGAAAUCAUCCAGUUGAACGUCGGGGGGACGAGGUUCAGCACCUCCAGACAGACUCUGAUGUGGAUCCCUGACUCUUUCUUCUCAAGUUUGCUGAGUGGAAGGAUAUCCACUCUUCGGGAUGAAACUGGAGCUAUAUUCAUUGACAGAGACCCCACAGCUUUCGCACCAAUUUUGAAUUUCCUCCGAACCAAAGAAUUGGACCUGCGGGGUGUCAACAUCAGCGUCCUGCGGCAUGAAGCAGAGUUUUACGGGAUAACUCCUUUAGUACGGCGCCUGCUGCUGUGUGAGGAACUAGACCGCUCGUCGUGUGGUAGUGUUCUCUUCCAUGGUUACCUGCCGCCCCCAGCCAUCCCUGCCCGCAAGUCAAGCCCUGCUUCAUCAGCCUCUGGCUCCUCCUCUGAUGAGCGACCGGGUCCGAGUGGAGCAGAGGGCUUCACCCGUGUCGGUCCCCCUCCUCACCCAUCCCUCACUGCCGCACCUGGAACAGACGACAACCACAAACUGGGUCCUGUGGUCGACCCCAGGAAGGUGCUGAUUAUAGCAGGUCACCACAACUGGAUUGUAGCAGCUUAUGCUCACUUUGUCAUCUGCUACAGGAUAAAGGAAUCUUCUGGAUGGCAGCAGGUGUUUUCCUCUCCCUACCUUGACUGGACCAUUGAACGCAUCGCACUAAACGCAAAGGUGGUAGGCGGCCCUCAUGGAGACAAGGACAAGAUGGUGGCUGCCGCCUCUGAGAGCAACAUCAUCCUCUGGAGCAUCCAAGAUGGAGGCAGUGGAAAUGAGAUUGGUGUGUUCAGUCUCGGUGUACCUGUGGAUGACCUCUUCUUCAUCGGGAACCAGCUGGUGGCUACGAGCCACACAGGGAAGGUUGGGGUGUGGAAUGCAGUCACGCAGCACUGGCAGGUUCAAGAUGUGGUUCCUAUUACCAGUUGUGACACAGCAGGAUCCUUCCUGCUACUGGGCUGCAACAAUGGGUCCAUCUACUACAUUGACAUGCAGAAGUUUCCACUGAGGAUGAAGGAUAAUGAUCUUCUAGUGACGGAGCUUUAUCAUGACCCUUCAAAUGAUGCCAUCACUGCGCUGUCCGUCUACCUCACACCUAAAACCAGUGUGAGUGGGAACUGGAUAGAGAUAGCUUAUGGGACGAGCAGCGGUGCAGUGAGAGUGAUUGUGCAGCACCCAGAGACGGUGGGAUCGGGCCCCCAGCUCUUCCAGACGUUCACUGUGCACAGGAGCCCAGUGACAAAGAUCAUGCUGUCUGAGAAACAUCUGGUGUCAGUGUGUGCAGACAACAACCAUGUUCGGACAUGGACGGUGACCCGGUUCAGAGGGAUGAUCUCCACCCAGCCAGGCUCCACCCCUCUGGCCUCCUUCAAAAUACUGUCCCUGGAGGAGACGGAGAGCCACGGCAGCUAUGGCUCUGGGAACGAUAUUGGUGAGAGAUUAAGUCCAUUUGGAGAGAGAGAUGAUCAGCAGGUGUUCAUACAGAAGGUGAUCCCCAUCACCAAUAAACUGUUUGUGAGGCUCUCAUCUACUGGAAAGAGGAUCUGUGAAGUGCAGUCAGUGGAUGGGACCACCAUCUCUUCCUUCAUGGUGCGGGAGUGCGAGGGUUCGAGCCGGAUGGGGUCGCGACCUCGGCGCUAUCUGUUCACUGGUCAUGGCAACGGCAGCAUCCAAAUGUGGGACCUGACCACAGCGAUGGACACCGCCAACAAAGGAGAGGAGAAGAAGAGAGAGGAUGUAGGUGGGCCUACAGAGGAGGAGCUGCUGCAGCUGUUGGACCAGUGUGACCUGAGCACCUCCCGCUGCGCUACACCAAAUAUUAGCCCGGCCCCCUCCAUGCUGCACCACACACGCCUCAGAGAGUCCUGCUCAAGUCUGCAGUUACAGGCCCAGGAGCCCAUUCCUGAGAGCCAGGCUACAUAUGGAGCUGUGCGACCCUACAGAGAGAGCCCCUUGCUGGCCCGUGCUCGACGAACUGAGUCCUUCCACAGCUACAGAGACUUCCAGAACUUCAGCCUGAGUCGAGGUAUUCUGGACAGCACUGGUCAAACGUCCACACAGGGCCUCAGCCAGACCCUUGAUGUCCGCCGUUCACUCUGCGACUUUGGUCCUGAUGACAGCGAGAGGAGAGCCUCAGCUAUGGAGUUCUGGGCGUGCCGAACAGCCAGCUCAAGCUCGAACACAGUUAUGGGAGCCAUGACGACCGCUGGUGUUUCCGGGAUGAAGACAGAAAGCGGUCAAGAGUCACUACGACAACCUCCUGACAGCCCGGUUCCCGGAGGUGACGUUAGGCGAAAGGUGCUCCCACAGCCAGAGGAGGGAGAAGGUGGGGGAUCAGGGGGAGAGGGGGCAAAGGUGGAGGGAGGUGUCAGGAAGAGAGGAGUACUAGACGGAGGCUUUCUGGGGAGGAAGAAGGCUCCCCCAGUCCCCCACCUCGCCUCUGUGCCGUCUGGAUCGGAAGGUGGUGGCAGCGACUCAUCUUCCAAUGCUUCCCCCUCCCCAACAAAACUCUCUUCCUCCACCUCACCCAGACACAGGAAGCUGGCGCCUGAGCCAUCCAAUCAGGACAGCAGCCUGUGACGGAGAGUGCCCACCACCCUUUUCUUUUGGUACCCAGUCGGAGGAGUCAUCUUGUAGAUGCACAUUUUGGAGAUGAGUUCUGGAUAUCACAGCAGAGGAGGAAUGUGGCUUUGAGGAGUAACUGGAUAAAGGACCUUCUUCUGUAGGAACUCCAACACAUGAUGCUAACAUGCUUUAAUGAGUCUGUGUCUCAGGACGAGUCAAAUAUACUCUGUUUGCUUUUUACGCUGAAAAACUCGAAUUUAAACCAUACACCUUUUAUUUCAUUUAAAGGAACAGUUCACGCCCAAAUCAAAUAUACAUAUUUUUCCUCUUACCUGUAGUAGUGUUUAUCAGUCUGGAUUGUUUUGGAGUGAGUUGCCGAGUGUUGGAGACACUCACAGUACUACAUAGUACUACAGGUAAGGGGGAAAAUAUAUGUUCUUGAUUUGGGGGUGAACUAUCAUUUUAAGUCAGUGAAACUCAAACAUUGGUGUCAUACAUUUGACUACAAAAUCUAUCUAACAUGACGAAGCAGUUGCAACACCCCUACGCCAACAGCAUGCCAUCUCAACCAAGGCAGGAAUACAUUUUGUUUUUGAUCUUUUAAGGGAUUUUAAGUUUUAUCAAAGUUGUAAAAUCCUCCGGGUACAACUGGCGCUCCAACUAUCUCAGUUUGCUUUUGGUGUAACAGAUGAUGGGUGAUAAGGUUCACACUUUCAGGCACAAAUAGCAGCAAUUUACCAGCUUGGAGAACCACUGAAAUUGGUUUCUCUCCAUGUGUUGAUGUACAGUAACUACAGGAACAUACAGAAGUCCAUCUGGCCAGGUAUUAUCAAGGGCCUGUUGUUGCUGCCUGUUAGGUUGAAGCACAAGCAAUCGUAAGGCCACCAAUGUGUAGCUUGAAUCUUAAACUCAUCAAGGUUCAUCAAAAUAACAAGCACAUAUGCACAGCACAGUGCUAGUAAAAGACUGAGGGUUUUAAACACUAUCCAAGGAGCAUUUUAUCCUGUGGGAUCCUCUAAUGGAGCAAAAGGGAAUUAACAAAUGCACAGUUUGUACUUUUAUCAAAUAUUUAAAGUGUUUUUAUUGACUUAAAGUCUGGCAGGAAUGAAUUUGUCCAGACCCUGACCUAACUUGUUCAAGCUUACCCCAAACUCCUGCUUACAAACAGAAAACAAAGAAUUACUGUGAUUAUCAGAAAUAACCCAUCACAAAAAUACUCAAUUUACAAUAAUAUAAAAGAUGAGAAAGUUAUUUCGGGAGAUUUACCAAACAAAUUGACUAAUCAUUUCAGCAUUUCAGAUUAAUCAAAAGGAUCAGGACCCUUUAAAAACUCAUGAUAACGUCUCUCUGACAAUAAGUGCAAUAUGUCGCACAGUGAAUUUUACUGAAACAUACCUGAAAUAUGUCGCCCUAGCUGGAACCAUGGCACCCACCUGAACCCUAAUGUGUAUCCACUUUUCUGCAGCUAGAGACACAUUAGUUUCUGUUGUUGAAGCAGUGACAUAAAAAGCCAAUGUUUAGCUAGCAGUAAAAUAAUUUUGCAGCUCCUACAUGCAGUAAAACCUUGGAACCCUGCAACUAGCUGAACUAAAUGAACUGUGGUCGUUUUAAAUUUGACCAGUUACACUUUUGCUUUUUCUGCUAUAAUGAGCCAAAAUGUCUGCUGCCUAAUCCAACACAGCAGCAAUUUAGGAAGGAACUUUCAGAAGAAGAAAACAAAUUAGUGGCACACAUGUGGAAAGCUUACUGUUAGAGGCAAGUUUUAGGUUUUAUUUGUGUUUGUUUGAUUUCUUUUAGAGUUUAAUCCAUCAUAAAGAUCACAUUUAGACAAACAGUGACAGCAAGCAAAUAUACAGACACAUUCCUCUGUGUCUAAACAGAGAAACUAUUUGGUAUGUCACUGUUCAGACAGCUACAAAAAGGAAAAACUGUUUGUGUUCCUGUCAACUCAAUCUAUUCUUCUCACAGUGGUGCCUGUGCAAGAUCACACUAAUUAUCAUUAUUUUAUAUAUUUUUUUACAGUAUCACAAUACAACUACACUCAGCUCAAUACAAGGACCUGGUACACUACAUCACUUUACUCCUGUUGCAACAGAACGUGUCUUGUUUUGUUUCAGAUGACUGUCGCAGUGCCUUAUUUAACUUGUUUGACAGUUAUCAGCCUGUUUUCAUUGAAAAGGAUUCUGACCAAAGGCUUGUGACGACUGUGGAGCCACGUGACGGACCUGUCCGCUCUGGCUCUGGCUAGAACUGUCUCAUGAUAGAUUUACAGCGGGCCAGAUCAGAUUCUCUGAGUGGUCACGUGAAGAUAGGCAUCACAGUACAUUUUAAAUCAUCAACACUUACUGUAAAUUGUAAAUAACAUUGACAAAGAUGAAAACUGGAAAGUCCAUCUAGUUGUGAAGGCCUUAAAGGACAGGUUCAUGUUAAAUGGCAGCGUCCUUAAUUAGCAUACCUUUACUGCUUGAACCCAUCUGAUCCCCUGUGAGAUAUCCAUUAGCUGUGUGUUUGGAAUAAGUUAAAGAAAUCAGGCCAGCUCUUGAUGUACGGUACUAUUUUAUAAUUCACGUGGGGACAACUGCAAAAAAUUGUGACAGUAAAAAGAUUAAACAGAACUGGAAAGGAUGUCCUGAAAUGUUUUUGCCAAAUCCAUCAGCUAUAUAACCUCCUUUAAGUCACUGCUUAAUCUAAACUGACCUGCGACCCCUGCCUGUACAAAGACGUGCAUUUUUAUACGCUAAUUACCUGUACGAUAAGUAGACAUACAUAUUCAAAACAAAAUCCUAAUGUGGAUGCAUUGAUGUGUGUUAUGGUGUGUCGAUACUUAACACUGUUGUUCAUUACAUAUUGUUAAUAAUCAUAUAAUGCUUAUAUUGAUAUUACCGUGCUAUUGGACCUAACUGCAUUUGCACUUGCACUAUUAAGACUAACAUUAAAUUGCUAGUGUUUAUUUUAUAUAUACAUAUAUAUGAAAAUAUAAAGUUUAAAGUGUAUUUCAGCACAUAACUGUUUGUCUUCUGUCUGUCCUUAUCUGUCGUCCCUCGGUUCCUCUCUGGCUAUGUUUACAUUAUAUUGCAGCCAGAUGCUAGCGAGCUAAAAGGAAUACAUAUCUGUUUGUUUAAACUGCCCUGUACAUCUUUGUUUUACGUUGUGUACGUUAGAAAUGCUGCAUUCUGUUGUAAUGUUAUUCACAGUGCUGACCCAUGAUCAGAUGUAAUGUUAACAGUGAACAUUUCAGAGCCUCAAUGUUCAUGCAAUUUCAACAACUGUGUUCACUAAAACCUCUCAAACCUG